AUGGGGAUUGCAAGAAACUGGUUUAGAAGAGCUAGAAGGAAGCUGAGUAGAAAUGGCAACAACAGAGACAUUGUUUUUCUGCAGACAAAUGCCAGCCCAAUUCAUGAUGAAGAACAAACCAAACUUACAUUACCACAACAACAAGAUGAAGAAGAAGAAGAAGAAGAAGAAGAAGAAGAAAUUGAUUAUGAUUCAAUGACACCCAGAUUUCAAAACAAAGUUUUGUCUGUAGAGGAAGUGGCAGCCAUCAAAAUCCAAGCUUGUUUCAGAGGCCAUCUUGCAAGACGAGCAUUUCAAGCGCUAAGGAGCUUGGUGAAGCUGCAAGCGCUAGCUCGAGGAGUGUGCGCGAGGAGGCAAGCACGCAUAGCUCUUCAAUUCAUGCAUGCAUUGGUCCGAUUGCAGGUUCGGGUUCGUGCUCGCCAGCUUCUGAACAGAUACAGUGAAGAGUCAGACUGUUGA